AUGAGUGCAAAACAAUUGCGAAGACAACGAGGACAAGUAAAGGCGAAAUUAACAGCAGCAAUUAAUUUCGUACAUCGAAUUGCCGGGGAUGCAGAACUCACGACGCGAGAAGAAGUCGAAUCACGUCUUCGGAAUUUGGAGGAAGCGUACGUAAAAUUUCAGGCUAUUGUACAACAAUUGAUUGUGAUAGUGCCGGAAGAAGAUUAUGAAACUAGAGAUUUGACAGAGAAAACGGAUUUUGACGAGCGAUAUUUUUCCGUCAAGGCAUCGCUGUUGCAAGUCAUCGAGAAAUUGAAUUCAGUGUCUCCCGCAUCGACAUCCAGCAAUGGAAAUCAAGAAAACGAUGGUACGCUAUCACAGGUCUUGGAUCAGCAAGCCACUAUUAUAAGACAGUUGUCGGAACGAUCUAAUGAGACGAGUGGUGGAAGUACGCUCUCACAGAUAUUAGAACAACAAAUGCGAAUUUUGGAGCGUUUGAGUGUGCAAUCAGGUUCGGUGCGAGAAACUCACGUUAAAUUGCCAAUAAUCAAGUUACCGACAUUCGACGGAACCAUCGAAGAAUGGAAACGGUACGCUGAUACAUUCAAAAACUUGAUACACGAGAGCGAAUUAUCCAAUGUACAGAAACAUCAAUACUUAGUCGGAUCGUUGAGCGGUCCUGCAGCAAAAAUAAUCGAGUCGAUUGAUAUAUCCGACCAGAAUUAUGAGAUUGCCUGGGAGUUACUGAAGAAACGAUACGAAGACGAGAGAGCGAUUCGCAAGCGGCAUAUUCAAUGCUUAUUUGAAUUACCACGAGUUCAUCGAGAAUCAGCUACUGCAAUUCAAGAAUUGUUGGAUCACGUUCACAAGCAUUUACGAGUUCUGCAAUCAAUGAAACUUCCGACGGAAGCUUGGGGAGAACUAAUAAUCCAUUUAAUUGAGAAAAAUUUGGACAGCAGCACAAGGGGACGUUGGGAGGAACACAUCGAAGAAUUGACGGAGGUUACAACGACUACAAUGACAGACUUUUUACAACGACGAUGUCAAGUGUUAAAGCGGGCAUCGUUGAACGAAGUCAAAGACUUGACGAUCAGGAAGACUCAUGGUCACGAGAGGAACGACGGAAAUAAACGAGGUUUGUUCCAUGCAAAAUUACAGCCUAAAACCUCGUUAUCGACAACGAUUCAAGGAGGAAGGUGUUAUUGGUGCCAGGGACAACAUCUGAUUUACACGUGCAGCGAGUUUUUGCGCUUGCCUGCCGAAGACAGACUUCAAGAAGUGAGACGGAAGAAAUUAUGCAUCAAUUGCCUUCGAAACGACCAUUUCGUCAAGGAGUGCAAGGCGAGUUCGUGUCGUAAAUGCGGAGAGCGACACAAUACGCUAUGUCAUCCGAUCAGCGAAGGCACGAGUUCCACAACGAAUACAACCAAGAAAGCGAUGGGAAAUGCGGAGAAGUCAUCGAGCGCUGCAGGUGGAGCGGUCAGGUCUGAUCGAGAGGCGAGGGUCAGCGAUUCAACGAGUGGUGCGUCCGUGUAUCAUUUAUUGAGCGAGAACAGACGUAAGGAAGUUUUAAUGUCGACUGCGAUUGUAAACGUUCGAGAAAGUAAAGGACAAUUACGAAUUUUAUUAGAUAGCGCGAGCGAAACUAACUUUAUAACGAUGGAAGCGUGUAAAAAAUUGAAUUUAAAAUUAGAAGAUAUUCAUGAGUUUAUUAAUGGUUUGAACGACAUGAAUUGCGUAAUAAAACACGGUUGCAGAUUACAGAUACAAUCGCGAACGUCGAAUUUUAAUGUAAAUGUAUGUUGCUUAGUUGUUCCCAAAAUAACAAAAAAUUUACCAUCAUUUUCUAUUCAAACGGCGCAAUUAUCAAUUCCUGAAAAUGUUAAAUUGGCGGAUCCGUUCUUUGCCAGUCCCGGCAAGAUCGACGCAUUAAUAGGUGCAGAAUUUUUCAUGUCUCUAUUGCAAAACGGAAAAAUUGAGCUCGGUAAAGAUCUGCCAACGCUACAAAACAGCAAAUUAGGUUGGAUUAUAUCAGGUUCAAUAUCGGAGAAUUUUGUUGUUGGUCGAUCGAUAAAUCGUCAGCCUUCGAAUGCCCAUACGUGUUUAUUUGUCAGGAAUGAAAACAUCAAUAAUACGCUGCUUAAAUUCUGGGAGUUAGAGGAAUAUCAAGGUAAUCAGAAUACAAAAUUGUCAACAGAAGAGCAAGCGUGUGAAAAUCAUUUCAUAAAUACACAAAGUCGAGACACGUCAGGACGAUUUAUCGUUAGACUGCCUUUCCGAACAAACAAGGCUCAAUUAGGCGAGUCGCGAGAAAUAGCAAUAAAGCGAUUAUGUUAUUUAGAACGCAAAUUCCAACGCGAUAAGGAAUUUCACAAACAAUAUUCAAAUUUCAUGCGAGAAUAUAUCAAACUGAAUCAUAUGUCGAGGAUUACCGAUUGUUGCGAUACGAGUUUACCGACAUAUCUGCCACAUCAUGGCGUGCUUCGCGAAACGAGCAUUACAACUAAAUUGCGAGUAGUUUUUGACGGAUCAGCCAAAACUACAUCAGGAAUUUCAUUAAAUGAUACACUAAUGGUGGGAGCAACUUUGCAAGACAAUAUAAUCGACAUAAUUUUACGAUUUAGAUUGCACGCAAUAGCAAUCACAGCCGAUCUUAAAAAAAUGUAUAGACAAAUUUUAGUACACGAAAAAGACAGAAACUAUCAAAGAAUUGUGUGGCGAUUCUCUUCGCGCGAUCCUAUACAAGAAUUUCAAUUAAACACCGUAACGUACGGACUAGCGUGCGCGCCUUUUUUAGCGAUACGGUGCGUUAAACAAUUAGCUGGCGAUGCAAUCAGCGACUUUAGCGAAGCGUCGUAUGUACUGUUAAAUGAUUUAUAUGUUGACGAUAUUUUGACAGGCGUCAAGUGCACGAAUGACGCAAUCAAUUUAAUUACACAGUUAAAGAAUUUGCUAAAUAGCGGCGGAUUCGAACUUCAUAAAUUACAUUCGAAUUGCAAAGAAAUCGUAAAUAAAUUUGCAACGAUUGAUUCGGACGAAAAGUCAUCGUCGGUCAAGAUCACUGUAGAUACCAUAAAAACAUUGGGAUUAAAUUGGAAUCCUGAACGCGAUAUCUUUCACUUUUCCAGUCAACUGAUAAACAAUUCUAUUAAAACAAAACGCGAAGUACUAUCAGCAAUCUCAAAACUGUUCGAUCCGUUAGGUUUAAUUAGUCCUAUUUCAAUUCGUGCUAAGUUGAUCAUGCAAGGGACAUGGUCCUCGAACUUAAAUUGGGAUGAUCAGCUGACGCACGAGAUCCAACAAGCAUGGGAUGCGUAUGCGGACGAUCUAAAGGAAAUACAUGCAAUUGAAAUCCCGCGUAGAGUCAUCUCGUCCUCCAAUGCGAAUCAAUUCUAUUUACAUGCAUUCUGCGACGCCUCGUUGAAAGCAUACGGAGCAUGCGUCUACCUACAAACUAUUGAUAAUGACAAUAACU